AUGGACAAUUGGCUAAAAACUGGGUCUUUAAAAGGGAAAGGUGGUGAACUCACUGAAGCUUCUGAAGCGACUGAUUCAAUGACAACCAGCAUCAUCGGAGGAGACGAAAUAUCCCAGCAGACACCUGCGAGCCUAAGCCAUCCAAGUUGGUCUUCCUCAGUUUGCGGAAAGGCAACUCACGACCAAAAGGAAAUCCGAGGAAAAAUAAGAAAAUAUGAUCCUAGCUACCUCACAUUGUUUGGCUUUGUUCUGGUUGGGAACAAACAGGCACCGGAAGGGCAAUGGGUUAACUGUCAUAAAAUUGUUGCUAAUGGCUGCUUGGUUCCAUCCAAAUUAAAAAGACAUCUGGAAUGUAAUCAUUCUUAUUUAGUACAUAAAGGUGAAGAAAUCUUCAAACGCCGCGCUUUAUCUCUUCAGGCAGGGUCAUUGAUGGAGAGAAUUUCUAAAAAUGAAAAUGAAAACGCAACUGAAGCUUCAUUUAUUGUCAGUUUACACAUUGCAAAAGCUGGAAAGUCCCAUACUAUUGCCGAGACACUGAUUAGACCUUGCGUGAAGGAUGUUGUGGGUUGCAUGUUAGGUCCAGCCAUGGCCAAGAAGAUUGAUACUGUGCAGCUGUCAAAUAGCACUAUAAGCAAGCGAAUUUACACAAUUUCAGAGUCUGUGGAGAACGAGCUUAUAAGAAGAUUGAAAACUUGUGAAUUUUUUAGUUUACAGCUUGGUGAAAGUACCGACAUUGCGGGACUUGCUGUUCUUCUUGUGUUUGUGAGGUAUCCAUUCGAAAUGCAAAUAGAAGAACUUUUGAUGAGUGAAGUGCUUGAAACUUACACCACUGUCGACGAAAUUUUCAAAGCUAUCGACAAAUGUGUACAGAAAAAGGAUUUGGAAUGGAGCAAGUGUGUGGAUCUUUACAGCGAUGGAGCGGCUGCAAUGGUUGGAAAAGUGAAGGGAGCCGUGUCUAGGAUGAAGCAAGUGGCAGGAAAUGCCACCAGCAGCCACUGUGUCAUCCAUCGGCAUUCUCUGGCAACUAGAAGGAUGCCCCAAGAUUUAAAAGUCGUAUUGGAUGGUGCUGUGAAAAUAAUUAAUCAUGUUAAGAGCCGCCUGCUUCAAGCACACCUUUUAAAACUUACCGCCGAAGAUCUGGGUAUGGAUCACUUCCACCUCUUGCUGCCCACAGAAGUGGGGUGGCUAUCAAGGGAAAAAAAAUUAGCCAGACUGUUUGAACUAAAAGAUGCACUGGUGGUCACAUUUACAGAGGAGCCUUUUAUCCAACAAUUAACUGAUGUCGAUUGGCUGCUUAAAUUGGGAUACCUUUCCGACAUCUUUGAAAAGCUAAAUGAAACCACCACUUCUCUUCAAGGGAAAGGAGGAGCACAAUUAGAGAAAAUAAAAGCCUUGCGGAAAAUAAUCACAUUUUUUAAAGCGUGUGUUGAGAGCAGAGACAUCUCCAACUUUCCUCGGUUGCAAGAAUUUGUCAAAACAAAUGAGAUCAACCUUCAAACCAACUUCCUCGAAAUUGUUAUUGCCCACUUGCAAGGUUUGGAAAGAAGCAUAGUUGAUUAUUUUCCUGACAUUGACUCUGAUGACAUCUACAGCUGGAUGAUGAACCCGUUUUCCUGUGACCCGAAACAUAAACCUGCUGGAAUGACGAAUGAAAUUUUUCAAAAUCUGCUUGAGAUCAGCGAAGACAGCAGUUUAAAACAGAAAUACUGUGAAGGAAGCCAAGAAGAGUCUGGAUGCAGAUGUAUUCAGAAAACAAUGCUGUUGGCAAGGCUGCAGUGA